AUGGCUAUAAAGAAGAAUUUAGCAGGCUUUAUUGCAAGGACAGAUGAGAACAUUUACAAGCUGUUGAAGUCACUGACCGUAAAAAAGAUGGAAGACUGCAGUUACGAGGAGUGUAAGAAACUCAUUUUAGAUCACUUGGCCCCUGCACCAACAAAGUUUGCUCAAAGAUACAAGCUAAGAAGCUGUGUAGAAGAGGAUGAAGAAACCACAGCGACCUAUGUUUCCAGAUUAAGAACAAUCGCAAAUGAAUGUGAGUUUGCCAACUACAACGAGGCUAUAUUGGAUCAGCUGCUCGCAGGGCUGAGGAAUCAAAAGGUUGUUUCCGAGUUGUUAACGAAGGAUGACUUAACACUGGCAACCGCGGUGAAGGAAGCGUUAAGCCGUGAGCAAGCAAACAGGGAGGCUCAGUUCAUGAAUAGCACGUUAUCACCGGGAGAGUCAUCGAGAUCAGUGAACUUUGUGAAACCAACAUUCAAAAGAACAAUGAAAAACCUCUAUGGGAAGAAGGGGGAAAGUUCAGGUGGUUCGGGUGGAAAGCAGAAAAGUGGAAUGCAAAAGGGACUUAAAUGUAGACGGUGCGGACUUCGUGGACAUAUUGGUGAAAAUUGUCAAGUCCGGUGUCAUAUCUGCAAACGUAUUGGACACAUCUCCAAGAAUUGCAAGCAAAACAGCAUUGUUCACAACAUUGAACAAGGAGAGUCGAGUUCGGAGAGUUAUGAGUUCGGUAUGGAUGAGAAUUGUGAAAAUGUCUUGGACAAUGAGCUUUACCCCGAGUAUGAUCAUGACAAUGAGUGUAAUUCAGUUGAGAUUGAAAAAGGUAAUGCUAAUACAUGUUCUUAUCUGUGUGCUGAUUUCUCUAAACUUACUCAUUUAACUGAUUCGAAAUCUUCAAAUAUGUAUGUGAGGGAUAAGGUGUUUAAUGCCUUUGAUUUUAGUUAUCUUGUUUGUGACCCCGAUUCCACUAUUACCACUGAUAAGUCUGAUUCAAGUUUAGUUUCUGAUAAUGUGUUACCGAAUGUCAAUAUGAUUGAGUUAAGCAAACCGUAUGUUGAAGUAGAAAUCAACGGUAAACUUCUGUCUAUGGAGUUCGAUUCAGGGUCUGCUGUGUCUGUUGUGAGCAAACGUACAUUAUUAUCUUGUGGCUUGGCCAAUUUAACACUUACACCCAGCAGGCAAACAUUACGGGUUGCAAACGGACAAAUCAAAACAGUUGACGGCUGUGCUGUAGUUAAUGUAGAGUUGAACGGUGAAAAAGCUCAUGGAAUGCAGCUCUAUGUAGCAGAGGACUUCCCCAGUUUGUUUGGAAGACCGUGGAUUGUAAAGUUCUGUGGACAGAAUUGGCUAGAGAAGCUGCUCAGCACAAAGUUAGUACAUAAUUUAGCCCCAGACAAAUCCCAGCAGUUGUCAGUGAGCUGUGAAAGCUGCUCUGGGAGUGGUGUCGAUAAGGGUGACAUGCUAACCGAUGGUGCGACCGUGAAAAACAGGUGGAAAUGUGAAAACACCUGUACUCGGGUUGAUCAAUGUCGUAGUAUCGCUCAGUUAAAACAGAGCGAGGUGUUUAAAUCGGGUUUAGGACUAGUUAAGGGUGUACAGGCAAGUUUGGUCCUGAAGGACAACUCCAAACCUAUUAUGAUGAAAGCCCGUAGUCUACCCUAUGCCUUGAGAAACAAGGUUGAAAGUGAGUUAAAUGAUAUGGUUGAAGCGAAGAUUCUAACCAAAGUCGAAGACAGUCCAUGGGGGACACCCAUAGUGCCUGUGAAGAAGGAUGGAGGGCAGUCAGUGCGCAUUUGUGGGGAUUAUAAAUCGACCCUGAACAAAUGUAUCAGCACCCGACAAUACCCUCUACCUACCGUGGAGGAAUGUCUGAAUGCUGUGCAGGGGGGACAAACGUUCUCUAAGAUUGACAUCAAAAAGGCUUAUAAUAACCUGUUGAUAAGAAAUGAGGACCGUGUCUUGACCACCCUGAAUACGCACAAAGGGUUGUAUCAAUGGAAUCGCUUGCCGUAUGGCAUCAGCAGUGCAUCGGCUAUAUUCCAGUCAUGUAUGGAUGACACUCUGUGGGGUGUGCCUAUGACGUGCUGCAGAAUUGACGAUAUAUUAGUUUCUGGUCGAAAUGAGAGUGACCAUCUGAUCAACCUCAAUAAUGUCAUAAGUAGGUUGGAGCAGCGAGGUUUUAAAUGUAAAACCGAAAAAACUUCUUUCAUGCAAAAAGAAGUUGUCUAUCUGGGUCAUGUGGUGUCUGCUGAAGGGAUCAAACCCGUGAAAAGCAAGGUCGAGAGUAUGCUGAUGGCUCCAGAACCUAGGAAUGUGGACGAACUAAUUAGUUUUUUGGGGGCUGUGAAUUAUUACAGGCGCUAUUUGCCCAACUUGUCGUCUGUGAUUGCUCCAAUUGAAAGGCUGAGAGCUAAGAAUGUAAAGUGGGUGUGGACAAAUACCGAAAAGACAGCGUUUAAAAUAUUGAAAAAUCUGCUGGCUUCUAACCGUGUAUUGACCUUUUACAAUCCCAAGCUUCCUCUUAAACUGGACACUGAUGCUUCAAUCGGUGGCAUUGGCGCAGUGUUGUCUCACAUUAUGCUGAAUGGGGAUGAGCGUCCCAUUGAGUUCAUCUCCCGGACCCUGUCACCGGCCGAGAGGAAUUACGCUCAAGUGGACAAAGAGGCCCUGGCCAUAGUGUGGGCCAUAAAGCGCCUACAUAUUUACUUGUAUAUGAGACAGUUUACCUUGGUGACAGAUCAUCGUGCGCUGGUUCGUAUAUUUGGCGAUAAGCCAAUUCCAGAGAUGACUGCCGGUAGGUUAACUAGGUGGGCUUUAUUCCUUAUGAAUUACCAGUAUGACAUUCAAUAUCGUAAUACCAAGGAUCAUGCUAACGCUGAUAUGUUAUCCAGGCUGCCAAAAUCGGUAACACACCCUGUGAGGGAGAGAGACGAGUUUGGUGAUAUGUUCGCACUGACUAUGAGCGAGACUUUACUCAAUGCUGAGUUAGUGGCGAACGACACUCGUAAGGACCCGAUUCUGAGCAGAGUUUUGGAAUACACUCUGAAUGGUUGGCCGAAGAAUCUGAAAUGUGACGGUGAUCUCAAAGCUUUCUGGACUAGAAGAGACGAGUUGAGCCAUGAACUUGGGUGUUUAACUUGGGGAGCCCGUGUCGUGAUUCCCGCUAAACUGAGAAGCACUGUAAUGGAUAUUCUGCACGCCACUCACAUUGGAGUAACAGGUAUGAAAUCCUUGGCCAGAUCUUACGUUUACUGGCCACGUCUUGACACACAAAUCGAGGAUACUGCUCGGACGUGUGAGACAUGCGCCAAGUAUGGUAAGAACAUGACUAAAGUCGUUGACCACCCCUGGGCUAAAACCAGUGCACCUUUCCAAAGAGUACACGCUGACUUUGCGUGCCCAUUCCUGGGCAGCAUGUGGCUAUUAUUAGUAGACUCUUACAGCAAGUGGCCUGAAGUUGUUCAAAUGAACACAAAUACAACUUUUCGUUCAGUUAGCUUUAGAAACAGGAACUCUACAUGCAUCAUCGGAGACUCGCAUACUGGUGGUCUCAAAUUCGGGCUGGACCCCAAAAAAUCAUUUGGGCAGUGGCUCCCCGGAAAACAGUAUUUUGCUCCGGUAGUGGGGGAUAUAAAUCCUACAGUUUCAUGUGGAUACAGGAAUGUUCUCUUGAUGUGUGGUAUAAAUGAUAUCAGGAAACCUGAGAUCAAAAAUACCGCUGAUAUAAAGAACAAUGUUUUUAAACCAUUUGUUCAGAAAGUAGAAAUGAUCCAAGCGCUUAACCCCAAAGCGAAUAUAUUUGUGUGUCCGCUGCUGCCAACCAAACUCGUUGAGCUAAAUCGAACAUUGGACGAAACCAGAGACCGGACUAUUUACACCUCAAUUGGAGUGGUACAGCCAAACUGGGGGUUCUUAUACGUAAUACAAUACUUUUAA